AAUGGAGUUGUGCUUUGCUGCAGUAUUCUACUUUCUAUGGUUUUGCUUGGUGUAGAUUUGGCCUUCUGUUUUAUACACUGAACUGCACUUUAGAAAAGGCCGAAUACCAGGUCUGAGUACACUCACAUUCAUCGCCAACUGGAUCUGGCCCAAAGAUAGAUGCCGCAGUGGCAGCCUGAACAGUCUCACCUGGCAUCCCGACUAUCUGCAACCCACAGGCACACCUUCCAAGUCUUUGGCGAAGAUCUCCCGAGCAGCAGAUGGAAGAUUUGUUUUGAUGGAUUCCGUUUUGAGUCUAAGACAAGCCGAGAGUUCAUCUAACGUCUCCAGCAGCGACGACGGUGGUUUUUUGCCCAAAAGGAGUACCUUGAAUCGAGCAUCGUGGAGAAGACCUUUGAUCGGUUACCCAAGUCAGCUGAGUUUGAGGUCGGACGCUUCCGGUCAAUCGGCUGGAGGCUUAGGUGCGUUCCUUGGUCAGAGAUUCCUGCAUCCUCCAGCGCUGAAGCCUAUUCCUACUAUCUACAAUCCGCAAGCUUCGCAUAUCAUGUCCAGCUCGCCAGCGGAACCUAGCACUUUGCUUCUCUCCCCUUGGACACCGCUGUACUUCAGCGAUCUCAGUUCUGUGCGGUAUCCAAGCUCAGGAGAACGUUCUUAUCCCACGCCGCCAGGUUUCAAUCAAUUAAGGUCGGUACAUGAAAGGUACUCUCAAGAAUUACCUCCUUUAAGAGCUAUACACGAAGAACACCAAGGUUUCGUCCCAGUGCAUCCAGUAAGAGAAAGUCCCAGGGCUGUACCUCAACACAGAUUAAGCAGAAGUGCUAGGUUCUUACCACCUCGACACGCAAGGUUAGCAAGAAGUGCUCCAGAACUAGACCAUCUGGACAGAUCUCCUGAGAGUAGAAGUAGCUCCAGCGGGUUCGGUAGCAAGAACACUUCCUCUCAGCAGAACCAUAGCUCGCACAGUGGUAGUACUUUCGAAUGGAGAUUACUGCCCCCUUAUAGACCUCCUCCGCCUCCACCAGCUUCUGUGCUACCACCGCCUCCUCCUUCUCUCGUCGGUCAUUGGCUGGAAAUCGCUUCUUCUUCACCCAGUGCGUCAGAUCUUCAUGGUAAAGCUGUAGACGUCGGAAGCGUUGACGGUCACUACGAAUUUGACCCAAGCACUCCUACACCUACACCUUCCACACCAACUGGAUCCAGAGACGUGGAACUCGAAACAGGGGCUGUACCAGGACCACAAAGGAAGGCUUACAUAGGUCUGAGGGGAAGGUACGACAAUAUAGAUGCCAGGGUACAAGCUAUGAAGGAAGAGUUUAACGAGUUCAGGAAAAGACAAGCCAACAGGAGACGGAGUAGAGAGCUUGAAAGCGCUUGCUGAUGUACGAGUAUCGUGACUGAUGAGAAAGUUCCUAUGAAAUGCACCAGUACUACUGCCAAGAAGAACUAGAUUAUUAGAUUGCAUUCAAGUUUGUUUUAAAACUUGGGAGGGCCGUACUUCGUGAGCUAUCGUAAGGGCAGAACGAGUAAUACAAGCCGGUGCGGUAGAGCUAUAACGUUAUUGUUAGAAUGCAGGCAGUAUUUGAAAAGGCUGACAUACCAACGUACGCAAUGAAGCACUGUGUUAAGCUUUGCUGAGUUGCAGUACAGCAGCAUAAGGAUGACGUCUGGGUUGUAAAGCAGCGUAUAUUAGGAUUUAGUGGUGGGUGGGAAAUAUUAGAAUGGAACAUCUUGAAGCAAGUUCUGAUUCACAAUCAAGCAGCCAAGUACUUAAACUGUGCGAGUUUCCAAAAUCAGAGAUUAUUUGUUCACUUGAUUCAGCAUAGUUCACACCAGAUCUGGUUCAAUUUGAAUGUGUCCAGUAUUACUUCAAAAGAAGGCUGCACUUGGAUGAGUGCUGUAUGGCAGCUUCAUCAGCAAGAUACCAGAUCCAUAUCUGCUCUAGAAUACAUCGUGUGCAUGACAGUGUGGCGUAUUUUUCCAUAGCAAUCUUUGCUAUCACCUAGAUUGACGUGUUAGUGGCAGUAAUGGCGGCAGAAGUAGAUUUGAACUAGAAAGUGCUUGUCGAAUGCGAUGAAAAUGCCAGUGUGGCAUUUUGGAAUUUCAACCACUUCGUUCCUCGAAUUCUUUGUGACUCAUAAUUGUGUGAGAGUUAUAGUAUGCAUAGAUAUAGGGAAUGGAAUAAAAUUUGUUAGUGGUACUACAUGUCUCUUAAUACUAAGAUACUCGCCACGUAAUCGCUAUAUGGUUUUCAUACCUUUACGUUUUUGAGCUAGUUCUCCAGCUACUCUUAUGGGAGUUCUAAGAGAUGAUCCAAUAUAUGUUCAAUGUCCCGACAGAUCAUUCUUUAGAAAAUAUGUACGAAGGAUUUUGAGACUUGUAGCAUCAAGAAGAACAAGCGAAAUUAUGAUAUCAAUUCUGUGCCUCCAUACCUAUGUAAAUUGUACCUCUAUGCAGCAAUUUUUCUCAAGUUCAGUGUGAUAUCGUAACCAUUUGAUAAAGCGUAACGAAAAAAGUUCUAAAUAUAUGAUAUUGAGAAACAGAACCAAGCAGACUUUUACUAUUGAAGCAUUUAGCUAAAGUGUAGGAAUAAGUAGAUUACAUUCAUUCGUAAUUAUGUAUAACAAGAAAACACAGGAUCGUACUUUCUAAAAAAUGUAGUUGAGUAAGCAUGAAAAGCUCAAUUUAUUUCUGUGGGAAUGGGGAUGAAGGAACUUAAGUAUACAAACCAAUUAAACAAAGUUGUUUUGAAUUACGUCUAGGACAUAUCACCAGCAAUUAUGUAUUAAUUGCCGGCUGAAAAUCACAAUAUGUUUAUCCAAAAGCCUCACUUGUUUCAACAGCAGAAUGCUUCAAGGGAUUAACCGAUGAGCUAAAACUUGCGUUCCUUCAGCGUCUGCUCCUAUGGAUAUCACGUCACAAAACACUUGCACAGUAAAUCAACGAUAGGCUCUGGCAAAAACGUAUUAUUUUCGAUGUAGUUAGUAACAUUGCUUUCGUCCUUCCGACCAACCAACCGCGUACAACGCUGAUUCAAUCUUAUUGGCAAUUAUCAACACGGUCUACGUCUCCAUGUAGAACAACGAAUAAAAGCAAAGCCAAAGUAUCCUCUAUCCACUACUAAGAAAUGGUCGAUUCUGGUAAUAGAUGUCAUUUUCGAUGUGUUGAUUAUUGUCUAUAGAUUAACAAUAAAAAAAGUAUGACGAUCCUCUUUAGUAUAUCUCUACGUGAUCUCAUUUUUGGUCUCACCCUUGCACCUAAUAGUAAAAUGCUCUUAAGCUUGGACGCUCUUCUGCCUUUUUGUUGGAGCCUAUGCAAUGAGACAGUGUGUACCAAACGGGUGUCCGGUGGACUCCAAAUACGUCAAUUUCGAAUAAAAGGCAUACAUUUUGGACCACUUAGGCGCCCCUCACUUAACAUUCUUCUAACGCUUUAAGCGGUCUCAGUACGUUGAACCGCGAUAAAAUAGGUGUAUUGCAAUGAUACCAGAACGAUGGCAAUAUUUGCGAAUUAUAUUAUUUAACUUAAAUGUGAUUCCACUUCUGAGAAGAAAGAAAUCAUGCAUUUGGAAGAAUAUAGAAUCGGGAUUUAUCAGCUGUACAAGUUCAUCGACUUUGUUCGAAAUGGCGAAAAAUCAGAAGUGGGAUGGGGCAUCUACGAUAGCGUUCGCAAAUAUCGAUCCAUCGUGUGAGUCACCAUUGUGGUUAGCCAGUAUUGAUGAGAGGCUGUUGCGUUUUUGUAAUACUAGAUGUUUAGGGUAAUAUAUUAUUGUAUAACGUACCUUCAGCCUUUUCACGGGGCGUGAAAAUACUCGAUUCAGCGUGAAUCUCUAACACAAUGGUUACACUUGCGGAUGUAACAGUGAUACUAUUAGUUGAAAUAUAAAUUUUUAUAUAUAGUUUUUCUUUCGGAAAUCAUUUCAUAUAUAUUAUAGGUGUGAUUCUCAGACAAUACUGGGUCCGAAGAUAUUCCAAAUGUGAUCUCAAAACUAAAAUAUCUGCCUAGUUAUACGUUCAAGACUCUUAUCAAUAAACUGUACUCACAUCAAGCUACGAGGGACACUAGAAAAGAAAUUUACCUAGCCAUGAAACAUAUUGAAAAUUUUAUCUUAUCCCUUAUAAAAAAGUGUUUCCUUUUGUCACUCAAAAAGGUUGUCGGCGGUUGCUUUUAGGUUAUCAUUUGAGUCAAAACGGUAAUUUUUUUUUCUGUAAUCGAAAGAGACAAAAGUCAGACAGAGUCAAAUCCGGACUAUAGAGAGUAUCGUCUAUCUCGACGAAGCUGUAUUGCUGCACAGUUGUAGCAGAAACGCUUCUCAAUUGGAAAAAUUCGGGCCUCUUCUGGUUGGUUGCUUACUUAAUCAUUCAUCGCGUUACUUAUAGACGUAUGCAUUUAUUGUUGUCCCUUUUAGAAUAUAUUCAAUGGAAAAGAUGUUCCUGAUAUCCCAAAAACCUGUUUUCCUCAAAUUUCCAGCAGAGGUCUGUGCCUUUUUGGUAGGUGGAGACCAUUUAUGAACCCCCAGCUCUUUUGUCUCAUCAUCACAAUGAUUCGCCCAAGUCUCGUCACCCGUCAUAAUUUGUGGCAAAAAGUCCGAACCGUUGGUCAGAGUUUCCAAAUGACUGUUUGAAAUGUUCAGCCUGAGCAGGCUUUGUUAAGGUGUCAACAGUCUUGGAGCCAAUCUGGCUGACUCCUUACUCGUGUUCAAAAUGUCAUGAAAGAUGCCUAUUACUCUGGGUUCCGAUAUAUGCAAUAGCAUACUAAUGGUAGAGACCUCCACACGACGAUCUUGGAGAACCGUGGCUUCAACUUUUUGAGCCGUUUUUCAUUUCUUGCUGUUUUGGGUCUUGUAUUUCUAUGCAUAGUCUUCUAAGGAUUCACGCCCACAUCGAAACUAUUUCGACCAAAAUUUUAUUGUGUAAUAUGGUGUUGCAUCAAUGUUAGGACACCCAAAUCUAUGUUACUCAUUCCUCCUCACUUUAUAAAUUGGAAACUACUUAUAAAAAUUAACGCACAUUUUGCAAGCAAGGUUAGCGCACAUGCCCCCUAUUUGAUAAACUAUGCUUGUGCGUUUCAAUUGUCUUUCAUAGCUAGGUAGAUUUUUGCUUUGCUUAGGCCUUAGUUCCAAUAUUGUUUGGAGACUGAUCUGUAAAAUAUAUAACAUUUACAUAAAAUAUUAUUCCACUUGUUAGAUCCGCAUGUGUGAAUUAUAUUGAAUAAACUUUAUGUUGAUUUACCAAACAAACUACCUAUAUCAGUGUCAAGUUAUAGUACGUGCAAUAAUUUUUAAGCUUACGAAAUUUCAAAGGGAAGACUUUGAAGGUAGAUAGUUAUCGAAACGUAUGCACACAUGAUCGUCCCGAUACCGCCCCUAUUCCAAAAAUAUAUGCAACACUUUUUAUAUGGCAAUAUAAUACAGAACCGUAAAUAGUAAAUUCUUUUAUAGUCUUAAUUAAUGUGGAACUGACUUUUUAAAUCGGGGAAACGUGUAACUUGAAUACGAUAGAAUUCUAAUGAUUUCUAUUGAUUCAGCGUAUUGAUGUUGUAAAGUACUUACUCAGUCUCUUUCUCAUCCUUACUUCAAUUCAAGUUCAAAAAACGGUCUAAUAGUUAUGCCUACUAUACCAAGGGCCUCACUGACUUUAACCUUUUGUUGUAUUUGGUGGGCAAAAUGAUCAAUUACUUUCAUCUUCCCAGAUUUCUUUUAUAUAGGACUGUGAUAAAUCUAGAAUUAGAUGCCACAUAUUUAUUAUAUACGAAUGACGAAUAACAUUGUGGAUCUAUUUAUCCACGAUUUGAAAUUAUAGACUUAUUACUAUUAUUUAUUCGUAGAUGACUGAUUCGAGGAAAUCUAGCGGUAUAGCUGUUGCGUGAGAAAAUGUACCAAUUUAUAAAUAGAAACCUUUGUAACUUCAACUACCAAAUUAUAACUACCGUCGUUGACUCGUUGAUGAUCUGCUAUCUGUCAAAUGAAACCAUAGAUGUAGAAAUGGAAAUUUACCAGUAUUUUGGCCACCCGGUGGCCUUAUCAAUUUUUAAUUUUUAAUUACACAUUUUUUAUUUUGACCUAUAUCCUCCUGAGACCCAGCCAUGUUUUUCUUAAGUUAGAGUUGUGAUGCUGUCAAAUAUAGUAUAACAGAAAACAUUUAUUACUAAUGACAUUUUUUAUUUUUUUUCUUAUUUUGAAAGAUACAUGACGUCCAUUAAAAUGGACAUUGGGUCUUCACCUAUACAAACAUGCAUAAUGUAUAAUUUAUUUAAAUGGUUAAAAAAAUACAUUUAAAAUCAAAACUUAAACUUAUAAGAACAUAGAAAAUAAACGUAAACUUAAAUUCAUCUGCUAUGGAACUCUAUAAAGCAGUUUCUGAUGCCAGUUAUGCAUAAGAAUGUGUUACAUCUAUUACAAAAAAAACUUCGUUGUCUUAACACAACUGUCAUUUUUACAUCGCACCGAAUUUCUUAAAUCUGAGGCAAUUUCUGGGUAAUGUUCUUUCCGCUUUCUUUCGGUGCCUGCUGAUGGCGAAUCAACAAUGAGUUUCUAUACAUCGCAUAAUUUCUUGGGAAGUGUUGGAUUCAUUUUUCAAAAGGUACGUGGCAAUUUCGAUUUUGAAAUCUAGAUAUUGCUGUAUUUUUCUUGUAGUGGUUUGAAAUAUUUUUUUAUCUCUUCAAUGAAAUGGAAGAUGACUCUCACAGUAGAUUUCUUUGAAUGGCUUGAAUUCUGUAAUAGCUGAUCAUUCGGUCUAUGAGGUCAAUUCCUCCCAUACAAUCGUUGUAUUUAGCAACAAUGUAAGGUCUUGGAACUUGUAUGUGUUUAGAGUCUUUCUUAGACCACCGUUUACACUCAUCACUAGGUUGAAUUCCUAGACCAGUAGAUGCCAAAAGUAUAGAUUUCAGGUCAUACCAUUGUACAACCACUAUUUCGCCAUCUUGCCUUACAAUUUGUUCCGAGCUAUCUCUACUUAUCUUGGCCAUCAUUUUGUCUGAAGUUAAAUGUGCUGCCCCUGGUAUACGAGAUUUCAUAAUCGUCCCAGUACAAUAUUUUUUUUGUUGGAGAAGAUAUUCAAGAAGUGGUAUUGUCGUAAAAUAUCUAUCGCAAUACACAUGAGUUCCAGGAAAUAAUGUUCUCCCAAGAUGAGCAACAGCAGAAGGUUCAACACUAAGUUGUUUUACAGAAUCAUCUGGAAACGUAUUUUUGCUUGAUAUAGUUCAAAGUCUACGACAAGACCAUCAGGAGCAGCAAGAACAAACUUUUUUAAUCCCUCUCUAUUGGGUUUUCCCCUAACGAACUGCUUCAUUUGACAAGUUCCUGUAAAAGGUAUCAUCUGCUCAUCCACAGCGACUACUUUCUCUCAAGGUAGCUGCAAACACCCCUGCAAUACUAUUUCUUUGACAUUUUCUCCGAUUAGCAUUAUUUAGAUUUGGCUACAUUAAUUUUAGUUCGCAGGUCUUUUUUCUGUUUGACACAUUGUAACAGGUUAACCAUUUCCAGUUUGUAAUGACCAAUUUUCACUUUUUUGAGAUUGUAUCUUAUUGUUCUUAUGAUGUCGUCUACGAUAAAUAUAAAAAGUGUAGGACUUAAAACGCCUCCCUGCCGUAAACCGUCUUUUAUUUUAAAAGGCUUUGAUACCAUGUUUUCCUUUCUUACACAAUUGAUGUAUCAUUAUAAAGUGCUGUAAUUCCUCUUAUUAGUUUAGGGCAUAUUUUUGAUUUGCUGAUUUGCCUUUUUGCUCCAUUUACUUCUUCAAUGCUGAUUUCGUCUUUGGUGUCGUCAAAUAUUACACCUUCUGUAUCUUGUGUACCAACAUCAUAUUUGUUAUUUAUCUUUUAUUUUGACCUAUACUCUUAAAAGACCACCAAGGUAGCUGAAACGUUAGUAAAUAUACCAUCCUACAUCUGUGUUAUCAUUUGACGGCAGCAGAACAUCAAGAUUGAUUGGAAGGGGUUAGAAUUCAGAUGCGUCGCUAAAAACGAUACGAGAUGAAUAAGACAUCAUUAGUACUGGAGUACGGUGAGGUUACCAUACUGUCUUUUAAUUUGAUGAUCGGUUUUGGUAUUUAUCCUAAAACAUACAGGGUUUUCUUGAAUCAUUAUCUAUGUAGUUUACUAUAUAUUAUUGCCUAUUGUUGUACGAUCUUUGAAUAUAAGUGAAUCUGUGUCUUCGUAUAGAGAUCUCUAUAAAUAUGUAUGUGAUAGUUUGUUUGGUAGAUACGAAUAACGUGUUCUUUUUGUUAAUUUGCGUACCUAAGCAGAACAUUAUCAUUACUUUGUACAUUUUCUUUUUACACUGAAUUAGUACAAUUUAGUUUUUGGUAAUUUAUAUUCGCUCUUAAGUUUUAUAUAACUGAUGCAUUUAUUAAAGAAGGAAGGACUACAAAAACUGACUGUAUAGAGGCAUCUGCUAAUUAAUGUUUUUGUAGUGUUUACUUUGUAUAGAAUGAUUGACUGCGAGGAGUGCUCAAAGUAUAUACAUUGGAGUACUUUACUAUAAGGAAUACUUGCUAUCCUGCGAUGUUCACAUAAAUGAAAACAUCGGAAAUAUGUCAAGGUGUGAACAUUUUAUCACAUUUACUCGUAUGCCGAUACAGAAAACAAUGCGGUCCUACAGUUUCUAGUUCAGAAAUAUGCACAAUGAUGACGUGGCAUUGUUUGCCGUUUACAAAUCGUGUACCUGGCAGGGUGGCAAAGUCGAAAUUCUAACGAUUUUUAAGGAUAAAUUCUUGCCAAUGAUAUUUAUUAUUAAACUGAUUUAAAAACGAUGGACACAACAUUUUUUAUUAAGACGUUUUUUGCAUGUCGUAUUUAGGCACAUUUUAUCUUUUCUAAAAUCGGAUCGAAUAUAUUAAAUGGAUAGCUACGACAAAAUGCAAGUGUAUAUUUUACCAAGUGUAUAUCCUUCUCCAACACUGUCUAUCGACUUUCAAUUCAAUCUAAAAAGGCUGCUUUAUUUUCCGUGCGAUGCAACUACAGGAAGAAUCUUGAAUCAUUACACAAUAUCAGUUUGAAGGGUCGAUACUCGUUUGAAAAUGCACUUGCUAAAAAUAAUUGAAAACACUUCAUUAGAUACUAUUUCUGUUUUAAAAUAACUAUUGACUAUUUUGAAUACAACCUUCAUGUUAAGUAGCGUGGGUACGUGCUCAAAAUAAGCGGAUUCAUGAAACAAACAUUUCGCAGAUUCUGAUACGAAGUCGUUUUGAAAAAAUACAUUGAAACUGAGACAGGAUUAUAUGAGGUGUUUUCAAUGCUUCUUAAGGUAAAUGGAUCUAUUGUACAUUGAUAUCAUUUCACAGCACACACGAAACUUAGACGUAGACAAGUAUCUUUAGUUCUAAGUGUUAAGUAGUAUAAAACAGUUGUUACUAUGUAACUACGCUGUAUAAAGCAUCACAUCUACAUAAAAUACAAUAAUGUUGCCAGAUCUCA